UUAUUUGUUGUCAAAUGUCAACUCAUUUCGUUCAUUCAUUGUGCUGUGGAGCGAGCGAUUUUCAUCAUUGCGGAGGUUGUUCUUCAUUUUCGAGAAUAGAUAGUUGUAAAUUAUCGUGAGAGGAUAUUCAUUUAUAAUUGAGAUAUGGUUUACGUUACAGGAGAUGGCACUGUGGUGGACCGGAAAUCCUUCAGUGUCAUGGGAUUGUUUUGGGGUGUAUUGAAUUUCUUAUAUCUGCUGUUCCAGACACUGAUCAACCCAGACUAUAGUAAGCAUGGCGAUAAAUAUGUAAGGGACUUCCGACCGCCAGGGAGCGGACCACCGAAGCCACCGACGAGGAAAUUCGGUGGUUUUGGACCCUCGGGCUCGGGGCCAUCCCCACCUCCGAUGGGGGGCUGCGGUUGUGGAGGUUAAACCGCACGGACGAACAGGCAGCCCCAAGUACGUAGUAUAUGACGUCAGCAUCACCAUGCAAUAUUACAUGCGAGUUUUUAGAUUAAGUUUACUAUGAAAUUGUUGAUUCAUUCUCUUGCUCAGCUGAAUUUGAAUAACUUUUGUACAUGAGUACAUGGAUUUAUUAUUAACGUCUUGGCUCGUUUAUGUUUUGACUGCUUCACUAUUUUCUGAUAAAAAUUGACUAGAUAAAUCUGCCUGCCUGUGUCGAAGACCCUAUCGAACACUUGUGAAACACCCUUAAUGUCCGAUAUGUUGCAUAUAGGAUAUCAGUUACUUUAUCAGAAAUUAGUGAUAUAGACCCGUAAUUUUUCUAUUAAAAAUUAUUUACUUAACAAAUAAGUACAUAGGAGGGAUGUAAUAAUCAAAUUUAAACUUUAAAUAAAUUUAAAUAUACUGAUUAAUCUAAGUUUUGACAAAACGACUUACUUAUGUAGGAUUUUAUAAUAUUUUAUUGAUAUUCUUAAGUUUUGUACGUGUUCAUAAACUGUUAACAUGACGUCAUAUCAUAACAAAUAAAACUUGGGCCCUACAAAUUGCCAAAUACUUAGUUUAUAUAAGUAAACUCCAUUUAAACACUUCACAUAAUAAUUCCAUUCCAAUAAUGUCUAUUUAUCAAUAUUAGAUGCUAUUAAAAUAAUUCUUAAUUUUUUUAUGCGGUUAUAAAAAAAAAAUUAAAACUUUUAUAAUCCUAAAUCAUAAAAUUUAUUUUAUAUAACAUUAUUUUUAUUAUUUAAUACUUCUUCUUUUCGAGUCGACAAAUUAUAUUAAUUUAGAUCCUGUGUCACCUUUUUCUGUUAAAAUAUCUUAUUAUAAUCUGAUGAUUAAAUCUGCCUAAGUCAUUACCAGUAAGCCAUAUCCAACUGACAUUUGUUCGAUAUGUUACAUUUCUGCCAGAUAUUGUAAUUAUUUAACUGAUUUUCAUGAAAAUCGUAAAUGUUAGACAGAUAAUUUUGAAUGUUAGCAUAUAGAGUAUGAAUGCGACUGAAUUUGCGGGCUAAAUCUGUUGAUUUACGAAAGGCAAGGGAAUAAUAAGAUAUGCACAUUAUCUGUAUUAAUAUAAGGUCUAAUAUCAAAUAAAACGAUAUAAUAAGUAA